AUGGAAGAGACCGAACCUCCCUUCACCCCCACAAUCAUGAGCGAGGUGAUGCCCCAGAGGUUCCUAAUACCUCCCAUCAUCCAGUACUCUGGGAGUGGAGACCCAUCCGAACACGUAAAGGCCUAUCGCUCGUGGAUGCAAAUCCAGACGACCAUGGAUGCAAUGAUGUGUCAUGGCUUUUCGAUCAACCUUACUGGAUCAGCUCGGAGUUGGUACAUGCAACUCAAGCCUAAUUCGGUCGGCUCCUUCGCAGAGCUUAGCAGAUUGUUCUUUACCCAGUUCAUAAGUGGUAAGAAGAGUUGGAAGCAGACUACUCAUUUGUUCACCAUCAAACAGGGGCCUAAAGAGUCAUUAAAGGACUUCAUCGCUCACUUUAAUGAAGAGGCAUUACAGGUGGAGGAUUAUGAUGACCAAAUGGUGCUCUCUGCCAUGUUCAGCGAACUAAAAGAGUGGAAGUUUACCUUCUCAAUUGGGAAGAACCCACCGAAGAUGUUGGUCGAGCUCGUCACCAGAGCUCAGAAAUACACUAAUGCUGGGGAGUUAUCCAACUCUUGCAAAAAUAUCCAAGUAGCAGAGCCAUCAACUAAAGGGAAGAGGCUGAGGAACGAAGAGCCCCAGUCAUCCAACAAGAAAUCGAACGACUAUGUUCCUUGUGAUCGUCGCCCGAGCAGGAAGCCUGAGGCCGACGUGGAGCCCCGAGACAAGCGCAAGUAUUGCCGGUUCCAUCAUGACCACAGUCACAACACGAGUGACUGCGUGGAUCUCAAGGAUGAGAUCGAGACCCUCAUUCGUAAGGGUCAUCUACGUCGAUAUACUGAGGAGAAAUCAGCUCAAAGAGAAGAGCAGCUAAGCAAAACUGUGGAAGAACCGGUCAAAAUCCGUACCAUCUUUGGCGGUUCGUCCAGUGGAGGAGACUCAAACAGGGCUCGUAAAGCCCACUCUCGGAAGUCCGAUCCAGAGCACUACGUCCACAUGACCGAGAGGCUGAAGAAAGAGCUCCGAGUCAGUUCCUGCAGCCUGACCUUCACAAAAGAUGAUGCGUGUGGAAUCCAGUAUUCGCACGACAAUACCUUAUUGGUGGCAAUGACCAUAGUCAACCACAAGGUCUACCGCAUCCUGGUCGACAUCGGGACUUGGCUGAUAUCAUCUACUCAGAGGCCUUCAAAAGAAUGGGGAUUCCAAGGUCACGCCUCAGACCAGUGA